CACCAAACUCUUUCAACCCCAGAGAGCCACAGAUUAUACGUGGAGCCUGACAUGAAUCUCCGCUCGUGCUCGUUAGACAGGGAUCGGCACAGUUUACACUGAGGAACAAAACCAUGGGCCAAACAAAACUACUAUGUUUAUUCGUGUUUUUCAGUACUGGAUAUUCUCAUUUCUCUACUGUGGAGGCUCAGUAUGAAAAAUACAACUUCAAAAGCUUUCCACCGAACGACCUCAUGCCACUGGAUUCUGCGUACGGACACUCGUUAGAGAUGUACUCUUCUCAGGACUGGAAACAGAGUGUUAAAUAUCUGAAGCUAAGCCUUCGGCUUCAUCGGCUGCUGAAAGACAGCGAAUCGUAUUGCUGUCAGAACUGCAGCGCUGUGUGGCAGGAAUAUGAGAACAGCACGGACACUACGCUCUUGGUCAUGGGACACAUCAUAAGGCGAGCCGCAUGUCUAAAAAUGUGCAAAACAAACUUCCCUGUGUUUUCCCAAUCAUAUCCUAAACCAGAGACGUUGGGUGCUUUUGAACAGAGGAUACCCUACCGGUACCUUCAGUAUGUCUAUUACCAGAUGAAUGAGUUGGAGAGAGCAGUUUCAGCAGCAUACACAUAUCUCCAGCGAAACCCUGGGGACCCCCUGCUAUCUAGGAGUCUCAACUACUAUAAAAGCCUGUUUGACAUGGAGGAGUACCUCAUAGACCACGAGGAGCAGCCAUAUGAGGCUUUAUUCCUGAAGGCUGUAAAGCUGUAUGAUUCUGGGGAUUUUAGCAGCAGUGCUCGAGAUAUGGAGCUGGCAGCUGCUGAGUACUUUAAAACAUACAACAUGUGUUCGCUGUCCUGUGAGGGGUCAUACAAUGUGCAGGAGUUCAAAGACUUUUAUCCCACCUUAGCCGAUUUCUAUUUUGAAGUAAUGAAGUGUAAAAUAAAAUGUGAGGAUAUUUUGAUACCAAAUGUUGGUGGUUACUUUGUGGAGAAAUUUGUUGCCACCAUGUACCACUACAUGCAGUUUGCUUAUUACAAAUUAAAUGAUGUGCGUAAUGCAGCGCUGUGUGCUGCGAGCUAUAUGCUGUUUGAUGCAGAUGAUCAAGUGAUGCAGCAGAACAUUGCCUACUACAGAUACUACAAACAACAGUGGAGAUUGCAUGACGAGCAUUUCAAACCACGACCAGAAGCUCUUAGAUAUUACUAUCUAACUACCAAACUCAAGGAACUGCUGGAGUUUGCAGAGAAUUAUUUACAGACAGAUGAUGAG